AUGUCAAUUAACGGACUACGAAAGAGUUCGCAGCAGCAAGUUGAUGGAGCGCGAAGUCGUACUCCAUUUGACCUUCUACAAGAGCAUAUGGAGGACAUACUAGGGACUGGAGGGGUCCUGAAGGAAGUGGUCCACCCCGGAGAUGGCCCCCUUGUGCCCACAAAUGCUUCAGUGUUAAUGCAUUACUCUGGUUUCUUGGAAUAUUCGGACCUGCCGUUUGAGACCACCACUCGCUCCAAGCAUGCCCAGUUUUUCAAGCUGGGCCGAGAUGUGACUCUGAUCGGAAUGGAGCUGGGCCUGCUGACCAUGCGCAAAGGCGAGUUCUCACGCUUCCUGCUGCAGCCGCAUUACGCCUACGGAGACCUGGGCUGCCCGCCAUUCAUCCCUGCCGCCUCCCGUGUUUUGUUCGAGAUCCAGCUAGUAGAAAUUCUAGACUCGGGAUUAGUGGACCAGUUUUUCCAAAUGACUGCUGAGGAGCAGAACGAGGUUCCCUUGUCCAAACUGCUGGAAGCGGUCAAGACACUGCGCACUUUGGCUAACCGAUGCUUCAAGCAGAAUCGCUAUGAUAAAGCCAAAGAGCACUACAAGAAAGCAUUGGAGUUGCUGGACAACAGAGUGAUGCACAACGACGUCGAACAUCAGGAGGUCCAGGCGGCGCUGUUGCCUCUUUUUCUCAAUCUGUCCUUCACUGCUCUGCGUCUGGAAAACCCGCAGAAAGCGCUCAAGUACGCCAAAAGCGCUCUGGAUGUGGACUCUACCAGCACUAAAGCGCUUUACCGCUGCGCGCAGGCAUACGCGGAGCUACGAGACUUCGAGAGCGCUCACUGUUGCCUCAUCAAGGCCCAGGCCAAGAGGCCGUUUGAUGAGGACCUCAAUAACCUUCUGAAGAGAGUCACCCUGUGCUGCAAAGACAAUUUGGACAAAGAAAAAGACUUCUGCGCCAAAAUGUUUCCAGGCUUUCAGAACAGUCGACUGACAUGGAGAUGA